AUGGAUCGGAAAGAGCUUCCCUCCGGCUUAAGAGACGACAAGAUAACCGAAGAAACCAAGAGCUUGAUCUCUUCGCUUCCUUCACACACAGAAUCACAAGGGCAUAAGAUCUGUAAGUAUCAAGGAUGUUGGUAUUACUACAACGCUCUCCAAGGCGUUCUUAAUUUCCAGAGAGGUUUUCAACCGCGAGACACCGACAUAAUCCUUGCUUCUUACCCCAAAUCAGGCACUACAUGGCUCAAGGCUCUCACAGUUGCCCUCCUCGAAAGAUCAAAGAACCAUUCUUCUGAUGAUCAACAUCCCCUACUAUCUGAUAAUCCUCAUGAAAUCGUACCAUUCUUGGAGAUCAAUCUUUAUGUCGAAAGUUCAAGUCCUGUCCUUGCCAAGUUCUCAUCAGUUCCGAGGCUGUUCUCGACUCACAUGCCACUGCACGCAAUGCAAGAGACCCUCAAGGACUCUCCAUGCAAGAUUGUGUACGUGUGCAGAAACGUGAAGGACACAUUGGUCUCGUGGUGGUUUUUCAGGUGCGCUAUUCAUAAAAUAGAACCAGAUAGAAGCAUUCUCGAGUCUAUGUUCAAAUCGUUCUGCAACGGAACUAUCUAUUAUGGACCUUUUUGGGACCACCUCUUGAGCUACUGGAGAGGAAGCUUAGAAGACCCCAAGCAUGUUCUUUUCAUGAGAUAUGAGGAGUUGAAAGCUGAGCCUCGUGAUCAGAUCAAGAGACUUGCGGAUUUCUUGGGUUGUCCUUUUACUAAGGAAGAAGAGGAGAAUGGAUUGGUGCAAAAGAUCUUAGACCUUUGCUCUCUGCGUAACUUAAGCGGUUUGGAGGUUAACAAAACUGGGAAAAGAAACAAUUUGGAUCACAAAUACUAUUUCCGUAAAGGGGAAGUUGGUGACUGGAAGAACCAUCUUACUCCCGAAAUAGAGAACAAGCUAGACAUGAUCAUCAAAGAGAAACUCAAAGGUUCUGGUUUGAAAUUCUAG